UAUUUACUGUGGCUUAUAACUCGUGCAGUUUUUGGAUUUUGUUCGUUGACGAAGUCGUUUUCAGACAAGCUGUUUGUUGUCUGCACUCACUAAUGUCUUCGCUUGAAUUUUCAGCGUGCUUUCGUCUACCUUACUUGCUCUGUUUUUUCCUUCUUCAUGACAGCUCUGUUUCCUUAUUUUCUCCUUCACCACCUUACCACAUAAAAAUGACUUUAAACAAGUGUUUUUCAUUUCAUUAUUCUUCCCUCUCAUUUAUCAAAAUUAUCAAAUUCAUCUCGUUAUUGCAAAUAUGAGUUCUUCCUAUUAUACUUAGAUCCACAUCCUAUAUCAUCCUCUGAUUCUGGCUCUUGACUUUGUACAAACAACGGUGGGCAAAAAACGGCAGAGCGUUCGUUUAUAGAAAUAUGGGGAAGAUUUUAAAAUCUAAGUCUUCUUGGCCAAGAACCGUCGUUAGGAAGUGGCUAAACUUACGUAGCGGCGCUUACGAGUUUCACUCCGAUUACCCAGUCAAAGGGAAGAUGGAGCCAACUCAGUCGAGGAGAAAAAGUUGCUCCGACGGUGAUUACUACAAGAUCAUGCCGGAGAAGUUUCCAGGUUUGCUGGGACAAGGAAAUGGGGAUUUAAAACAAUCAACCGGUGAACAGCAUGUGACACGUGUCGAUGACAAACUUGAUCUCAAAAUGUUCGUCGGGACAUGGAACGUGGGAGGGAAGUCGCCACAUGAUGGAUUAGACUUAAAAGAUUGGCUUCAAUCUCCCGCAGAUGCCGACAUUUACGUGCUAGGGUUUCAAGAAAUCGUCCCGCUAAAUGCUGGUAACGUACUAGGAGCCGAGGAUAAUGGUCCUGUGGCCAAGUGGCUGUCUCUUAUCCGAGAAGCCUUGAACAAUAACAACCACAACUUAUCACAAAAUGACCUCCAACUUUCUAAAAACCACAGAACCUCCUUCGAACUUACGAAAUCAUCACAACAGCCCCGUCUCAGCUUCUCCAGUAUUUCGGAUGAUAACCCAGUUUCAUGCAACUCGACCACGCCUCAAGGCUAUUCCCUUGCAGCGAGUAAACAGAUGGUGGGGAUCUUUUUGUGUGUGUGGGUUAGAGAUGAUCUCCGGAAACGUAUUACCAACCUCAAGGUUUCAUGCGUUGGUCGUGGCAUCAUGGGAUAUCUUGGAAACAAGGGCUCGAUAUCUAUCAGCAUGUCAGUGCAUGAGACGAGUCUAUGUUUUGUUUGUACGCAUCUUACGUCUGGAGAAAAAGAAGGCGACGAGGUCAGAAGAAACUUAGAUGUGACCGAGAUAUUAAAGAGGACAAGAUUUUCGCGCUCUUCUAAAGAUUCUCGACCCGAGACAAUAAUGGACCAUGAUAAGGUAAUAUGGCUAGGCGAUUUGAAUUAUCGGCUAAGGGCCAGCAGUGACGUGCAUGAACAGCUUAAUAAUAAUGAUUGGGAAGCACUUCUAGAGAAAGAUCAGCUAAAGAUAGAACAAAGAGCUGGUAGAGUUUUUCAAGGAUGGGAAGAAGGAAGGAUUUAUUUUGCGCCAACAUAUAAGUACCUUAUAAAUUCUGAUAAUUACGUUGCCCAAACCGAAAAAUCAAAGGAAAAGCGCAGAACACCAGCUUGGUGUGAUCGAAUAUUGUGGAAAGGUGACGGGAUGAAACAAAUUUGGUACACAAGGGGAGAGUCAAGAUUCUCGGACCACAGACCGGUUCAAUCUCUAUUCUCGGUUCAUAUCGAUUUAACUCUAAAUCAAUCAAACCGGAAAACUAAACCGAACAACCAGAACCAUCGUCCAAACCCGGUGUUGCCAUACACAUGCCACGGGAAAGUCCAGGCUGAAGAGAUCUUAUUGCUCACACGAGCACAAAGUUGUAUAGACACACAACCUAGACUCAUAUCAUCUGUUUCUUGAUUUAUUAUUACCCUUUGGAUGUUUUCAUGUUGCCAAAGAAGAGAUGACACGUGGGUUUCUACGAUUGGAUGGUGGAACUUUCAUAUGUGCAAAAGCAAGAUUGUUAAUUUAAUUUUAA